UUUAACAAAUGUAACACUAGUGUACAGUGUGCUUCAUGGUGGAUACAUAACCUUUUUUCUUUGUUUAACAUGUAAAGGUUUCUCUUGUAAACCCCACCAUGUAGAUUUUUUUUUUGCUGAAAUGGACAAUAAUAAUGGCUUAUGACACAAUCCUAGAAUAUUACUCAUUAUUCGUAAUAUUAUUAUUAAUGAAUAUUUGCAGUAAAAUUAAGAAAUGUUUGAGUGCAUAUUGAAACCUUUCACUUGCACAGUGUGUGAUGUUGAGGUCUCUUCUGAAACGUAAGAGGAGACGAAUGCGGGAGACAAUGUUUUUUUUCUCAGGAGAAAAAUUUGAGAAGCAGGAGAAUUAAAGUCUCCGUUUGAUGUUCAUAUAACCUCAUUUCUGGCUCGGAGAAACAUUUGAGCUGUUAAAGAGAUCUCAUUUUUAUUUUUCUUUCCUCUGGGAUGUGACCUACAGGCCGUAAACACAGUAAAUGUUUAUGUUCAUUACAUCACAAGCAGAAAAAUUAACUCAUAUGGCUUUCAGGGAAGGAUGUCUAGAAAAAUGCCCCUUCUCUCUAAAAAAUUAAAUGAAGCAUGAUUUAGAUUUUCAAAAUUGCAUCUGAAUUAACCACAAAAUCCUUUGGACCAUGAGACCAUGGUGGAGAUGUUUGGUCAUCAUGUACAGCUCCAUGUUUCGGGAAAACCAAACAAAGCAUAUCACCACAACCACCUCAAACCAACUGUCAAGCACGGUUGCUGAAGGGGUGAUGAUUUUGGUUUGUUUUUCAGCCACAGGACCUGGGAAACUUGCAGUCAUUUAGACAACUAUGGGCUCAACUUUACACCAGAAUAUUCAUGAGACAGACAUUUAAUAUCUUUUUUUAUAAGCUCAUGCUUUUAGUAUUAAUGUAUAAAUACUGAUUAUUUCACAAGAAAUGUAGUUCACAAUGAUAUAAAUAUACUUUUAUUUAAAUAUUAUGUCUUCUAAAGUCUUAAGUCAUGUGACCUAGCUAAACUAUGUGCUACUUAUAAACCCAAGGCAUAUAGCAUAUUAACAUCUAGGCACAACAUUUCAUGUGCAGUUUGAAUGACUAUAAAUACACAUGAGCAGAGGUGAAGCUAGGGAGGUGCAGACAAACUGCAUUGUGAUCAUAUGUGGAACUGUCCCUUUAUCAACCAGUACAAAGUGAACAAGGAAAUGACUAAAGUGAAAGAGAAAAGCAGUUAGCUCCCAUCGAGAAGAAACCCUUCUUUUCACAUUAAUUUCUGAAAUUAACUGCAGGAUAUUCAAUGACUCUGGAAUAUAAAAGCAGACAAUUCUCACUCCCUGAAAAGAGGAAAGUAAAAUAAAGAAGUACAGAGGUGUGCACUGGGUGAAACAUAAACACUUCUACAAACAUCAGGAAAUUCAAAACACAGGAGGAAAUAAAUAGCUGAAUCUUCUUCACCAACAAAAGGCGGAAGAAGGAGGAGCAUGGAAGAACAACGUUCAUUUUCUCAUGACUCCAGCAGUCUCCUGUCUGAAGAUCAGCUGCAGUGUUCGGUCUGUCUGAAUGUGUUCACUGAUCCAGUCACCACUCCAUGUGGACACAACUUCUGCAAGAGCUGCCUUACACAGCGCUGGGAGAAGAGUCAACACUGUUACUGUCCAUUAUGUAAAGAGAAAUUCACCAAGAGACCUGAACUGAAGAUUAAUACAACACUGAGAGGGGUUGCAGAUCACUUCAAGAAGAAAAGUGGUCCUGACAAACCAGAGGUUCUUUGUGAUGCCUGCACUGGAGAGAAGUUGAAGGCCCUGAAAUGCUGUCUGGAUUGUUGUGCAAGUUUGUGUGAAACUCAUCUAGAGUUUCAUAAUAAUAUGCCCAAACAUAAGAAACACAAACUAAUAAACCCUGUGGAGAACCUGGAGGAUUUCAUCUGCCAGAAACAUGAGAGAGCUCUGGAGCUGUUCUGUAGAGAUGAUCAGACAUGUGUGUGUAAGUUCUGCACUGAGAUAGACCACAAGAAUCACAACACUGUUCCUAUAGAGGAGGAAAACAGAGAGAGGAAGACACAGCUGGAGAAAACACAGACAGAUGUGCAGCAGAUGAUUCAGGACCGACUGAAGAAGCUCCAAGAGAUCAAACACUCAGUAGAGCUCAGCAAAAGAAGCACAGAGAAAGAGAAAGCAGACAGUGUUGAAGUCUUCACUGCUCUGAUUCGCUCCAUUGAGAGAAGUCAGGCUGAGCUACUCAAGGUGAUGGAGGAGAAGCAGAAAGCAGCAGAGAGGCAGGCUGAAGGACUCAUUAAAGAGCUGGAGCAGGAAAUCACUGUGCUAAAGAGGAGAGACACUGAGCUGGAGCAGCUCUCACACACUGAGGAGCAUCUCCACCUCCUACAGAUUUACUCCUCCGUGUGCAGCCCUCCACACACCAAGAACUGGACUGAGAUCAGUAUUAACACUGAUCUGAGUGGGGACACUGUGAGGACAGCUCUGUCUCAGCUUCAGAAAACUCUGAAUGAGAAACUCACUAAAGCACUGGAUGACAAUUUAAAGGAAACAGUUUCCACAGAACUGAAGAUGAUUCAGCAGUAUGCAGUGGAUGUGACUCUGGAUCCUGAUACAGCUCAUCCUGAUCUCAUCCUGUCUGCUGAUGGAAAACAAGUGACACUUGGAGACACAGAACAGAAUCUCCCUGAUACACCACAGAGGUUUAAUCCAUGUGUCUGUGUUCUGGGAAAGCAGAGUUUCUCCUCAGGGAGAUUUUAUUAUGAGGUGCAGGUCAGAGGGAAAACUGUGUGGGAUCUCGGAGUCGCCACAGAGUCCAUUAACAGGAAGAGGACGAUUAUACUGAGACCUCAGUAUGGAUUAUGGACUGUGGGGUUGAGAAAUGAGAAUGAGUAUAGGGCAUUUUCUGGUCCCUCUGUCCGCCUCACACUGAGAGAGAAGGUGGAGAAGGUGGGGGUGUUUGUGGAUUAUGAGAAGGGUCUGGUCUCCUUUUAUGAUGUGAAGUCCAGCUUUCAUAUCUACUCUUUCACUGGUCAGUCUUUCACUGAGAAACUCUAUCCUUACUUCUGUCCUUAUUUAAAUGAAAGAGGUAAAAAUUCAGCACCACUGAUCAUCUCUCCUGUAAUUGGAACUGAAUGAACAUUCACCUCAUUAAUCUAAUCAACUAAUAAGUGGUGAGAAUAAAAAUGAAUAUUUGAUUUUUCUUGUAAAUUCAUAUAAAAAAUAAAUUCAAUAUAUAUUUUCAUUUAAAGUAUUCUUUAAAACUUUUUUUUGCAUGAACAAAUAAUUUUAAUCCUACAGUCUGUUUUUUGUUUUUUUUGUUUUGUUGGUUGUUUUUUUUUUUUUUUUUUUUUUUUUUACAUAUUAUGAUUGGGGAACUUUGUCACUCCAAAUCAAAUAUAAAUAAAGAUAAUUUACAGUUCACACUGAGUUUUACUGCAGAAUUUAAUAUGAUCAAUAAAAUGUAUGAAGUUCAGCUGCCGAUGUCUGUGUAGAUA